CAUACACAAAUGAGGCGAAGAACUCCUCCUCUUGGUUCUCCAACUUCACCGAACAAGUAAUUACUUGAUCACUCUUAUAAAAAGGACUUAGUCUCACAUUAUGCUGCCAUAAUACCCAUAUGCGACCUCUUGCAUUAUACUCAUAGUUUGUUAAAAUGGACCAGUCUCGAAAUAAAUGGUGCCCCAACCUCUGCGCCUUCCCCUCCCUAACUCUCGUUUCCAACAAGCAACCAAACUGAAAAUUAUUACCAUCAACCCACUUUUUUAUUACGGAAUGUUUUGAAGUUUUGUUGAGGCCACGAACAUUCCAUAAGAAACCCGACAUUUAAGAGUGCUUGGGGGGAAUCCUCUUACUCUGAUCUCUAGAGGAGUCUCUAGUCGAUGGAGCUUGAAGGUGAGAUAGUGUUUUAUGGGCUGUUUUCGAUUCCCUCGGCAAAGAUGGUCGCAAAGAUCCCUCCUUUUGAGAACGACUCUUUGCAGCUGCACCUUGUUUUUGAGUAGACACAUUGACUAUAUUCGCUGAAGUUAUGGGAUUAGUCACAGAAUUCUUUCCCACAAGGUCCUCUGUUUUGUCUAUCUCUGUUUCUUCUCCUUCCAGAUCCAAAACAGAGUAUGUAUUGGUUAGGAGAGAGACUUCCCCAAAUCGUAAUCCAUCCUUUUUCUUUCCCGGGCUGCUUCUUCCUCCCGACUUUGGAGUGACCCACCCUUCAGUCUCCUCCACAAUCUUCUCUACAGCUACCGCCUUGUUUUUUUUCUCCUCAGUAGCACAGUCUAUUAUAGUCGUAACUGUUUCAGUUUCCGGUAUAAUAGGGCUAGCAUUGGUCUCCUUCUUCUUCUUCUUCGAUAGAUCGCCUCUCUUCUCUUCUUCGGCGAGCAUCUCCUUCUUGCUUCUAUUCCUUUUAUUCGAGCUUCUUUCUCUAUCGUGGUGCAAAGCUUCUCCAACGACAGCUAGAGGUCACAACUCUCAUCGAUCACCAGUCACCGUCACGAUGAAAGUCUCUGCCGCCGUCUUCAACCACCACUUUGAUUUUCUUCGCUCUCUUCCUCUGAUUUCCUUUACCGUGAGCUCCGUCACGUCUCUUGCUCGGCUGACAUUGCAACCGGCUGCUCCCUUUCUCUUUAGCUUUAGGACACUUUUUCUCUGACUUGAACCACCACCUCGGCUUUCACUACCGUAGUAUGGUUGGCUUCUCCUCAAGUCAUCACCUUAGCUUUAGCAUUGGUCGUUUGGUUCCUCAAAUCUGCACCUCGGUUUUUUCUCUAACCUUAGCAUGUUAGGCUCUUGAAUCAUCAACCUCCGCUUUCUCGGACUUGGUUUGUUUGAUCCUUCACCUCCACUUUGGUCAUUCUAACCUUGGCUUCUCUUUCUCCUUCUCGUUUCAGCUUAGGAACCCCUUCGGAUUCUCAGCCUCAACAAGCAUCUUCAAGCUUCACCAAUACAAUAUCGAAGAAGGAUUGAAUUCAUCACCUUUCACAACACCAUCUCCACACCGUUGUCUUCAUUGCUUCUUCCAGAAGAUCUCCUUGUCUCCUUGGAUGCACCUGAAGCCCUCCUUCUCUAAGGUACGGUGUGAAAUAGUUUGUGUAGGUUGGUGGUGCCCUUGUCACCACAUCUCUUUCCUUCUCUUCUUCUCCGACAUAGUCUCUCUGGUUUUGCUCUCCUUUUCUCUUCUUUCUUUUUUUUUUCUCCUUCAGCAGCAUCUCGGGCUGCAUCAUCUCUUCCUCUUCUUACAGCCUUUUGUGCUGUGUCUUACACCCUUCUUCUUUUCUUCAGUCUCUGUCUUAGACUGACAUCUUCUCCCUCUCGGCCUCACCUUUCUCACGAUCUCUCUAUAUUUUACUCUUUCUUUCUCAUUUGUGUUCACUUGUUCUAGAGAGAAAACAAGAACACAUUUACUUUAAUCUUCUACAUUGAUAA